CAUGUUUAAAAGACAAGUUGAACACCAGUUCCAAUUUCAAGAAAGUUAAAGCCCUCUCUUUUCUUUACCUGCUAUUCCUAUGAUUUAGUUUUCUUCUUGGAGAAAGUAUGAAAAUUCAAAUCCGAAAAUCUGUCCGACCCGAAUUAUGAAUCUAACCCCACUUAAUUUUCCUUUACUCGUAUCUCAAUAAUAGAAAACAUAUCGAGCCCCACUAUCCCUCAAUCAAAACCACUUUUCUUUCCUCUUUACUUUGUUUAAUCCAGUGCUCUUUCCCCUUUUCUUAGGUUUAUUUAAAGCCAAAACCUCCAUUAUUUACAAGUUCAACAUCUCUAUAUCUUAAAGCUUCUGUGUUCAUAAUUAUAAAAAUUCCUAUAAUGCUUCCACCACCUUCUCCUCCUCUUCCUCCUCCUCCACCACCACCACCACUAUUUCUACCACCUCCGCCAACCCCUCCUCCAUUUCCACUCACCCCACCACCACGGAAACUACGAGUUCCUCCUCGUAACCAGCUUGUUGUAUCAGAAAAGGAUAUAAAUCAGAAAAAUAUUGAAGCAGACUUACUCGGCAGUGGAAGAAAAACGAGAGUUCAGCCAUUACUUAGGCCGCCUCGCAGGACCAAUCCUUUGAUAUGGUUUUGUGCAAUCCUUUGCCUAAUUUUUAGCCUCACUCUCAUCGUUUCAGGGAUUCUUACUUUAAUUGUCUUUCUUGACAUAAAACCGCGAAAGCCAUUGCUGGACACACCCAAUGCCAGCCUAAGUGUCAUCUACUUCGACUCACCUGAGAAUCUCAAUAGCGACUUCACUUUUCUUGCCAAUUUUUCCAAUCCAAACAGAAAACUUGAUGUGAGAAUUGAGUACCUGGAAAUAGGGCUUUACUUUUCCGACAGCCUACUGGCAAGCCAAGUUCUUCCGCCUUUUAGCCAAAGACCAAGAGAGGCCAAAUUGAUUUCGGUGCGUUUUAUAUCCAGCCUGGUAUAUUUGCCUCCAAAAGUUGCUUUGGAGCUGCAAAAACAGGUAGUUGGUAACAAAGUUGUAUACAACAUCAGAGGAACAUUUAAGGUGAGGGUCAGCUUUGGUUUGAUUCACUUCCACUACUGGUUGCAUAGACGAUGCCAAUUAGAGUUGACGAGUCCUCCAACUGGCAUCCUUAUCACCAGAAGCUGUAAAAUUAAGAGAUGAAAAACACAUUCUUCCCCUGUUUUAAAUUCAUCUCCACUGAGAUUUCUUUCAUAGCAAAAAGAGUGAAAACUUCAAAUGUAUAGAUUGAUGUCAUGCAUAUGGCUCUGUAUGCAGAAUUACUUAUCGCAAA